CCUUUCACAUUACUUCGCAGGAAUUGUUUUGAUCCCCGAAGGUGGAGUUUGGAGGUGCUUAAAAGGUGCUGCAAGGAAAGUGAUGCCUCAUCCUAGGCUUCCUCCGAGCCUCCUCUUUCUAGCAACCCAUCGUCCAUUUUCCUCUUGAUGUUUGUCGCCUGGAUUGGGCUCCUGAGCCUGGCUCUGCUGGCUGGAGCUGGGCAGGGCCAGAGCUGCCUGCCGUGGGCAACGGGAUAUGGCACUAACGUGGCCAAAGGCCACCCAGCCUUCCAGUCCUCUACCUACGAAUAUGUGCAAAGCCUGGUGGCAUGGAAAGCAGUGGAUGGGAACUGUGAUGGGAACCUGGAUCACGUCGGCUCCUGCACUCACACCAAAUACGACUAUGAACCCUGGUGGUACGUGGAUUUGGGGAGCCACCACUCCAUCUCCACCGUCGUUGUGAAGAACCGGGGGAACUGCUGCGGCGAGAGACUCCGGGGAGCCCAGAUCCGCGUGGGAGAUUUCCCGGCAGAACACAGCAAACACAACCCCCUCUGUGGGACCAUCCAAGACACCCGCAUGGGGUCUAUCAACACCGUCCAUUGCCAUGGGCUCAAGGGCCGCUUUGUGAGCGUCAACAUCCCCGGUCGGAAUGAGUUCCUGACGCUGUGCGAAGUGGAGGUCUAUGGGGUGAAAGCCAAGGGUCCGUGCUGCUGGCCACAUGCUUGGCAAUACGGGGGUGCAAAGCAGAAAUGA